UCCACAGAAGAAGAAGAAGAACAAUGUGAAGGAAGUGACCUGCCUCGGCUUUCUGCGGUAGUUUGCUAGCUGUGCAUGAUGAUGGAGGAGGAAGAAUUGGAAUUUUCGGAGGAUUUGGAGGCUAUUUUGCAUCUUACUCCAGAGGUGCAGUUGGCCAUCGAGCAGGUUUUCCCCAGUCAAGACCCAUUGGACAGAGCAGAUUUUAAUGCUGUGGAAUACAUCAAUACAUUGUUUCCCACUGAGCAGUCACUGGCAAAUAUAGAUGAUGUGGUCAACAAGAUCCGUCUGAAGAUUCGGUGUCUGGAUGACAACAUCAGGAUGGUGGUGAGAGGUCAGACCAACGUGGGCCAGGAUGGCAGACAGGCACUGGCAGAGGCCCAGGUAGCCAUCAGCCAGCUCUUUGGCAAAAUCAAAGACAUUAAGGACAAGGCUGAGAAAUCUGAGCAAAUGGUCAAAGAGAUAACGCGGGACAUCAAACAGCUGGACCAUGCUAAGCGUCACCUGACCACCUCCAUCACCACCCUCAACCACCUGCACAUGCUGGCCGGGGGCGUUGACUCUCUAGAGGCCAUGACGAGAAGGAGGCAGUAUGGCGAGGUGGCUAACCUGCUACAGGGGGUGGUCAACGUGCUGGAACACUUCCACAAAUACAUGGGCAUCCCUCAGAUCAGACAGCUCUCAGAGAGGGUGAAAGCAGCCCAAAGUGAGCUGGGGACUCAGAUCCUGGCAGACUUUGAAGAGGCCUUCCCCGCUCAGGGGUCAAAGAGAGCAGGGGGACCCAGUAAUGUUCUGAGGGAUGCCUGUCUGGUGGCCAACGUCUUGGACCCUCGCAUCAAACAGGAGAUCAUCAAGAAGUUCAUCAGACAGCACCUCUCUGAGUACAUGGUGCUCUUCCAGGAGAACCAGGACGUAGCUUGGCUGGAUAAGAUUGACCGGCGCUACGCCUGGAUUAAGCGUCAGCUGGUGGACUAUGAGGAGAAGUAUGGACGCAUGUUUCCUGAAGAGUGGUGUAUGACCGAACGCAUCGCUGUAGAGUUCUGCCACAUCACCAGGACAGAGCUGGCCAAAGUAAUGCGGACGCGGGCCAAAGAGAUUGAGGUCAAGCUGCUUCUGUUUGCCAUUCAGAGGACCACCAACUUCGAGGGGCUGCUCGCCAAGCGCUUCUCUGGGUGCACCCUCACCAACGGGCCCAGGUGUUGUUUUCAGGUGAAAAAGCCUGAGCCACCACUGGAGUCCACCAACCCUUUCCUGGAGGACGAGGUUGGAGAUGAUGGUUCAGAGAUGGAGGAGGAUCUGGAUAGGCCCAAGAAGCACAAGGCUCCUGACAACCCCUUCCAUGGCAUCAUUUCCAAGUGCUUUGAGCCUCACCUCUAUGUCUACAUCGAGUCUCAGGACAAGAACCUGGGGGAGAUGAUUGACCGUUUUGUGUCAGACUUCCGGGCGCAGGGCCCCACCAAGGCGGGCACGGAGGACGGGGGAGCAGUGCUGCCCAGCUGUGCUGACCUGUUUGUCUACUAUAAGAAGUGCAUGGUGCAGUGCUCCCAGCUCAGCACAGGGGAACCUAUGAUCGCCCUCACCACUAUCUUCCAGAAGUACCUCAGAGAGUAUGCCUGGAAGAUACUGUCUGGAAACCUGCCCAAGACUAGCAGUAAUAGUGGAGGACUGACCAUCAAGAGUCUACUGCAGGAGAAGGAGGGUUCGGAGGCUGCUAAGUUCAAUGUGGAGGAGCUGUGUCUCAUCUGUAGCAUCCUCAGUACUGCAGAGUACUGUCUAGCCACCACACAGCAGGUUAGAACACACACACACACACACUCAAACGGGUCUAGACUUAACGUUAAACUUAUUCUGUGUCAGUUGGAGGAGAAGCUGAAGGAGAAGGUGGAUAAGACUCUGGUGGAGAGAAUCAACCUGAAUGGAGAGAUGGACACCUUCAGCAAUGUGAUUUCCAACAGUAUCCAGUUGCUUGUUCAGGACCUGGACGCUGCCUGUGAUCCUGCUCUCACUGCCAUGAGCAAGAUGCCAUGGCAGACUGUAGAGCAUGUAGGUGACCAAAGUCCCUACGUGACGUCAGUCAUCAUGCACAUCAAACAGAACGUCCCCAUCAUCAGAGGGAACCUGGCCUCCACACGAAAAUACUUCACCCAGUUCUGCAUCAAGUUCACCAACUCUUUUAUUCCUAAAUUCAUCAACCACUUGUUCAGGUGUAAGCCUAUCAGCAUGGUGGGGGCUGAACAGCUCCUCCUGGACACCCACUCCCUGAAGACAGUGUUGUUGGAUCUGCCCUCUAUAGGGUCUCAGGUGGUCCGCAAGGCCCCAGCCAGCUACACCAAGAUAGUCGUGAAGGGGAUGACCCGCGCUGAGAUGAUCCUCAAGGUGGUCAUGGCCCCCCAUGAACCCUCUGUGGUGUUUGUGGAUAACUACAUCAAGCUCCUCGCUGAUGGAAACCCAGAGACCUUCCAGAAAACUCUGGAUAUGAAAGGGUUGAAGCGCAGUGAGCAGAGCAGCAUGUUGGAGCUCUUCAGACAGAGGUUACCCACUCCACCCUCAGGGGCCGACGGAGGCCCCUCUCUCUCCUUCAGCACCCCCACCCCCGAGCAGGAGAACUCGCGCAUACGCAAACUGGAGAAGCUCAUCAAAAAGAGACUAUAAGCGUGCACACACUCAUCACCAUACCACACACAAAUGAUUCCAGUAAUUCAUCUCAAAUACUUUUUCUUGCUCUGUUCAAACAUAAUGGAGAAUUGCAGGCAGAGUAAAGACAUUAUUGUCUCAUUUUUGUUAGGAGCAUUAAUGACCCUAAUGAUUUCAAAGUCAACUGUGAAAUUAUGAAGAAAUUUCCUCAGCUGCAGAGCUGUUGGUACGUAUUACUCAUUUACUUCUGUAUUUCUUUUCUGCUUCUCUUUUUAUGACACUAAAUACCCAAGCUUUGUAAAUGUUAAAUGUAGACUAUAUCAUACAUACGCUAUGCAUUUUAACAAAAUGUGUUUGCACUUAGACUGAGCUACUAACUAAAAACGGCUUUAGGAGCAAUUUGCUGCCGCUUUGGCACCUAUCCUCCCAGUCCCAGACUGAGAACAAGGAACUUCAAUGCGUUUGAAGCUUACAUUAUGAUAUUCUCCAGUCCUGUGCCUUUGUGUGUUUCUCUUGGUUCCCUGUUCAAGGGGAGGAUGCAGUUAGUUAGGAGUUUGUAUGUUUCCAGUGUCCCUUCACAACAAGAACACCCUCCAGGUGGAUGGACCGCAUCCCACCAUACAUUGUCUCCAGGUUCAGUGGUUAAGCCCCCAGGUCCAGGACAGAGAGGAUCUUGGGAUUUCCUAUCCCCUCAAUUAGACACGAGACAGUUUCUGUGCUUUUUGAAAAUCCCCCAUGAAAUGAGAACCAGUCAAAGCCUUUUAACUCUGGCCCUUCGCCAGGAACUGUGUAUGCGUGUGAGACAUUAAGCAUGUUCAUUUAUUUAAGCUCUAUUUCCCCAUGUAAUUCCUUGCUGACAUUUAUAAAACGCUCAAUCUGAAGUGUAUUUGUGUGUGUGUGUGUGUGUAUAUAUAUGAAUGUAUGUAUGUGUGUAUAUAUAUAUAUAUAUAUGUGUGUGUCUGAAUCGAUUUGAUUACAGUGAGGGAGAGUUGCAAUACUUUAUAACAGAGGAACUCAUGUACACUGUUGUACAAGGAUGCAUUGUACAAUAUUAUAUUGAUUUCUGUUUAAGAUUUGUCUAAACCUUUUUUAUUUUCUGUUAUUCCGGGCCUCUGUUUGACAUUGACAGGCCUAGAUUACCUGUCAAUAAUAAUGAAAACUUACUGACACUCCCAUUAUGCUUGUUUGCACUGAGCUGCACUGGGGUCGGAAUGCAAUCAUGGUUACAUUAAGACACUGUGUAAGAUUGAAAUACCGCUAGUUUUCCCAGAAAACAUCCCUGUACAUCCUCAUGCUAGCUAGCAGUAGCCACUGCGCCCAGUUUGGAAUGACAGUGUCAGCCAAUCAGCUCCUUUAUUGUUCAACCAUGGUGCUUCACGGCGUCCCAGUACAGCUCAAGUAUAAUGGUAGGGUUGGUAUCUUCUGGCAUGUUCUCAUUAUGAUUGACAGGUCAUCUAGGCCUCUCAGUGUCACAGAGGCCUGGAAUAACAACAGAAAAGAAAAAGGUUUAGACAAAUCUUCAACAACAAAAAACAUACAUUGUAGAAAAUGAUCAUUGUAUAACUGAACAUGAGUUUCUGUUAGACAGGGAACUGAGAAGUUAGCACAAUGAUGCUAGUGGAGAACAAUAAUAUAUUAUUGACCACAGUUGCUUUUCAUACUGUCAUUGAGCUAAUUAUUUCUACUGUGACUUGCUUCGGAUAAAGUACUUAUUGCAUGUAACAGCAAAUACUCUGGAUCAGUGAUCAUUUGAGGUGGUUCUUUCAUAUUAUUUGGUGGUGUAGCACAAGAUAAGGAUGGGUCUGAAGAAUGUGUCUGUCAAGUAUCUAUUCUAAAUAAUUGUGGUUGAGGCAUGAACGAUUGUUUUUGGAUUUCAUCCUUGGAAAUCCUUAUUUUCCUCGAGAUAAAUGUAUGUAUUAAUAUAUUAAUCCCUUUCAUGUACACAUUCAUGCCUUUAGUUAAUAAGAAUAAAAUCAUGUUACGUUAUAUUGUCA